GGUGAUUAUCAUGUAUUUUCUAAUAACAAUAGCGUUUUAUGUGCUGUUGGUCGGAAUUGGUCUAAAGAUUUAUACAAAACUGUCAAUGGGAUGGUGCAGAGCUAAAGUCUGUCUAGUCGGAAAAACCGCUCUUAUAACGGGCGGAAAUUCUGGAAUUGGAUACCAAACCGCAUUGCAUUUGGCAUCCAGAGGAUGCAGGGUGAUAAUAGCCGACGUCGUUGAUUCAGAAUCCAGUAGAAAGCAAAUUGUUGAAGAAACUGGAAAUGAUAAUAUCAUAUACAAAUGGCUAGAUUUGGGCAGUUUGCUGUCAACUCGAAAAUUUUCUGAAUAUAUAGUCAAUACUGAACCGAGAUUGGACAUCCUGAUCAACAAUGCAGGUGUUGCUGGUUUUGCUGAAAUCUGUAGCGACGAUGGAAUAUUGAUGGAUAUGCACAUUAACCAUUUCGGUUCAUUCCUUUUAACUCACCUAUUAGUUGAUCUCUUAAAGAAAACGCCGAAGAGUCGCGUGGUCUUCCUCACCUCAUUUAUGGCUUUCUUGCACCAGCUAAAAGCAGCAGAAGAUAUCAAUAGUCUAUCCAAAUUUAAGAACAAGAAUAUUAACAGUAUUAUCAAUUACAACAAUAGCAAGUUAUGUAAUAUAAUCUCAGCAAGGGGUUUUGCCGAAAGACUUUCAAAGCAUGGCAUCAUAGUCAACGCUGCAUAUCCAGGCGUAGUCUGCACGUCCCUCUUUGCUUCCGCUAGAAACCGUAUUGGAUAUUUUACAAGAUUUUUUAAGAUGUUCCAAUUCAUUGGCUAUAUAAUCCUCUGGUCCUUCGGAAAAAGUCCCGAAGAAGGUGCUCAGACAACGUUGCAUUGCGCCAUCGAUAAAUCCCUUGAAGGAAUAUCCGGGUAUUAUUUUGCGGAUUGCAAAGUCUCCAAACUCCCGACAAAAGCAACAGACCAGACUUUCUCCGAAGCUGUUUGGACUGAAAGCGAGAAACUGGUCAAAUUAUCUCAAGAAGAAAAAAUACCGAGAUAAUAUUGAAAACGAGCAUAAUCCGUCUAGAUUUCGAGGAUUCCUUUUUCUAAGCAUACAUAGUUUGUUUAUUUACUAUAAUAAUGUUAUUUUGUUUUACAGUAAACUAAAUUAUAUCUGUUAAAGUCUAAACAUAAAAUACACAUAAUAUGUCAGAACAAAAGUUUGGAAAAUGAUGUAGCAAGCGCACAAUCCGAUAUUUCUCUUCUGCUCGUCACUGGUUAUGCAAAACGUUGUUCAUUUAACGAGUCAUUUCUAUUACAAUUUAUUUUGCUCGUUAAGCAA